AUGGCUGACACAACGGAUCACGCUACGAUCAGCGCAGAGGUUUCUAUGGCCGAAGCCCCAGUUGUAGAGGCUGUCGCAAACCCAGAGACCAAGCAAGAUGCGCCCGCGCUUACACAACAGGACACGCCAGCCACCGUCGGCGAGGAGUCGGAGGAAGACUCUAAUUCCAAGAAGGUGACCCUGGCGGACUUGUGCGCCAAAGGUACUGCACUCUACGCUAAGAAGCAAUACGAAGAUGCGGCCGAAUGCUUUACAAAGGCGGCUGAGCUGCAGGACGAAAUCAACGGCGAGAUGCACCCCAAGAACGCCGAGAUCCUGUUCCUCUACGGUCGCAGUGUCUUCAAGGUUGGGCAGAGCAAGAGUGAUGUCCUAGGAGGCAAGGCCAGCGGCGAGAAAAAGGUCGAGAAACCCAAAGCCAAGGCCCCCAAAAAGAUCGUUCCGGAGGCUGCCCCGACGGAUGCGCCAGCCGAGUCCGACGCGCAAAGAAUAACAGAGGAGGGUGUUGCGAUUGUCGCAAGCGAGGCGGGUGGUACGAAGACAGAAGACAAGGUUGAGGAGAAGAAGCCUCUCUUCCAGUUCACGGGCGACGAAAACUUCGAUGACGAGUCGGAUGACGAAGAGGCUGAGGGCGAAGGCGAAGAGGAAGAGGAAGAGGAGGACGACCUUGCUGUCGCGUUUGGUGUUUUGGACAUGGCACGCGUUCUCUACAGCCGUCAACUGGAGCAGCUGGAGAAGGAGGAGCCUAACGGCAAGGCUCAAGAGCAGGCCGAUGGUGAUAAGCUGAGCAUCAAGCAUUGGCAUAGAUAUCCUGACGCCAUUGAGGAUUCGCGCAAGUCGCUGAAAUACAAGAAAGACCUGUACACCGACGAUUCCGAGAUCAUUGCCGAGGCGCACUUCAAGCUCUCAUUGGCACUCGAGUUCGCCUCGGUCACGACUACUCAGGAGGAGGGUGAACAGGCGGAGAGCAAGCCCUUUGACGAGAAACUCCGCGAGGAGGCGGCGAAUGAGCUCGAGGCUGCCAUUCAAAGCACAAAACUGAAGCUCCAGAACAAGGAGGUUGAGCUCGCAACUAUGGCAUCCCCUGAGGACAACGAGAUCACGAGGGCUACCAUUACCGACGUCAAAGACAUGAUUGCGGAUAUGGAGCAGCGCCUCGUGGAUCUCCGCAAGCCACCUAUUGAUGUCAAUGCUGCGCUCGGUGGCGAUGGUGUUGGUGGAAUCUUGGGCGCGGCGCUCGGCGAGUCUGCGGCCCAGACCCAAGCUCGCGUUGAGGAAGCCAAGAAGACGGCAACGGACCUCACCGGUCUCGUCAGGAAGAAGAACAAGGAAGAGCCUAAGCCCGCUGCGAAGGCCACCGAGGUUCCUGCCAACGGCGAAGAGUCUAAUGGCACAAAGCGCAAGGCCGAGGAGCUUGCUGAGGCAGAUGAAUCCGCCAAGAAGGCGAAGGUCGAAGAGUCGGCCUCUGCUUGA